AUGUUGCGUGUUACAGCGUGUGACUGCCAUCCGAUCGGCGCCUCUGGGAAAACUUGUAACCAAAGUACCGGCCAAUGCCCGUGUAAAGACGGUGUAAUUGGUAUCACUUGUAACAGAUGUGCCAAAGGUUACCAACAGAGUAGAUCGCACAUUGCACCUUGCAUCAAAAUACCGAGGGUUGUGCAGACUCAAGGCACGGCCGGCGAGGAGAGCGGAGAACACGAAGACGACGACGACGAGCGCGGUUACGAUGGACGAGCUGAUCAAUGUGGAAAAUGUCGAGCCAGCACCAAAAGAUUAAACUUGACUAAGUAUUGUAAAAGAGAUUAUGCUAUCCUGGGUAGAAUAACAGACAGGCACAAAAAGAGCGAUGGUUCCCCGGCUGGAACGAGUGUAUCUGGUUCAGUGUGGAUACGUUUCACCUUAAACGUCGACUUCAUUUACAAGAAAGCUCCAAACUCGAGGAUUCGUCGUAGCGACGUGUUCCUUUACGUACACUCAGCCGAUUUAGCCUGCAGAUGCCCGAAGAUCAAACCGAAUAU